AUGGCAGUCCUCGAUGGAUCUCCGGAUGCGUCUGAAGGAUCCAGCCCGACUGGUAACAUUGGUUCCAGUUCCAAUCACAUCAAAGAGUCCGUCGAAAAUGUCCAAGCCCACCCAGAGGUGGCCUCAAAACCCUCAGAAGCACCCCUGCAAGCCCCUCUACCAAUCGUGCGACCAAGCCACAAACGGUUAUCCGAAGUUUUGAAGCGAAGUCAGUCGACACCGGCAGCUCUCACACAUAUUGUGUCAACCAAGCUAUCAACCACGUUUGGAUAUCCUACGGUCAUCCGUCGCUCACAUCUUCGCUCGCGGCCUAGUUUUCGGCUUCCUCAGUUUCCAGGGCCGUCACUUGUCCCUGCAUUGGGCAAGCAAGGCGACAGUGCUCAGGAUAGCUCCGAUCCCCAAACCUCGCCGGAAGACAGUGUGUCUCCGACUUGUACACGUUCCACUCCUCAGACAACUCCUCCCACGACGCCUCCCACAUCAGGAGAGCCGUCAGGAGGCUCGAAGCAAGGCAUUGUAGAUGCCGAGCAGGCGAAACAAACAAGGUCACCGUCUAGCAGCGACGAGGGUACACAUACCCAAGUGAUCGAAGGCUCACUCAGUCGGCCGCCCUCGAUAAUUACAGUGGAGGCUGCUGCCAAUGCAAAAGUCUUCUUCGAAACAUAUUUCAACUCGGUAUUUUGUGGGACGGAUCUUCGCUCGCAGCGCCAGCAUGAGCUUGAGCAGUAUAUCUAUGGCCUUCCUCUGGCUCCCGAAGAAAGGGCGAGAAUAUGGGAAAACUGGAUCAUCCAGGAACGGCAGUAUCUGCGCCAAUGUCGUGUUCUCAAAAGUCACUCUCGUUGUGGCCGACAGGACGAGACGGUAUCUCUCGCUGGAUUUGAAGCAAUCAAGGUUCUAGGAAGGGGGAGUUUUGGAAUUGUGAGGCUGGUCAGAGAACAGAAAAUGGCAGAAAGUGACGGUACCAAUGCACAUGGGGAGAAGCAUUCAUUCUGCAGAGGAGAGCUGGCAAAGCUCAAAACCCGGUCUAUCUCUGUCAUAGAUGGGACCACAAGCACACGUCGGAGGAUGAUGGUAGGGGUCAAGAAGGAUGUAUUUGCAAUGAAAGUGAUCCGGAAAUCUGCAAUGAUACGCAACAGCCAAGAAGGUCACCUCCGAGCCGAACGAGACUUUCUUGUUGCAUCGGCCAAAUCUCGAUGGAUUGUGCCAUUGAUUGCAAGCUUCCAGGAUCGUGAUCAUUUGUAUCUUAUCAUGGACUACAUGGUCGGUGGUGAUUUCCUGGGAUUACUAAUGCGCCAGUGCAUCUUGCCCGAAGAAAUCACCCGAUGGUAUGUUGCAGAGAUGAUCCUGUGUAUCGAAGAAGCCCAUCGGCUAUGUUGGAUUCAUCGCGAUGUCAAGCCCGACAAUUUCCUCAUAUCUGCGUCCGGUCAUUUGAAAAUAUCCGACUUUGGCCUAGCCUUUGACGGACAUUGGGCUCAUGAUCAAGUAUAUUACAAUGAGCAGCGAUACUCCCUGCUCAGGAAACUCGGGAUCCAAGUGGCCGGGGAUUCUCAGGACAGAAAAGAAGCUCGCAAGCCGGCAAAGGCAUCAUUCCAUGAUUUCGGUCCUGGAACUGAGACUGACUGUACACCACCUACGAUGGGCCUGCUUGGAUGGCGUGACCGCACUCAGAAGCGGCGUUUGGCCGCAAGCGUCGUGGGAACUAACCAAUACAUGGCACCAGAGGUUGUUCGGGGUGAGCUAUAUGACGGCCGAUGUGACUGGUGGAGUAUCGGUAUCAUACUAUACGAGUGUCUCUACGGCUUCACGCCCUUUGCUUCGCACGAUCGUCAGAAGACCAAGAUGAAGAUCCAUCAUCAUCAUGAGACACUCUGCUUUCCCGCCAGUAGAGCGUCGGACAAGCGGGUUUCGCCUGAUGCAAUUGACCUUAUCAAUUAUCUGCUUCAAGAAAAGGAGCAUCGGCUGUCGUCAAGCAAGUACAAGAUUAAUGACUCUCUGAGCUCCCGAUUACCAUCCCGACAUUUCUUCUAUAAUAUGGAUCCUCGCAGUCGAAACUACAAGGGUUUUUACGUCUUCCCAAACGACGCAGCAGAUAUCAAGAUUCAUCCUUUCUUCCGCAACACCAAGUGGGAUGAGAUCCAUCAGUCGGUUCCUCCAUUCAUCCCCAAAGUGAAAGGCUGGGAGGACACCAGGUACUUUGACGAUACAGGAUACGAGGGUGACCACGAUAAUACCUCCAUCAUGUCGGAUCCUGACCACCCCGAAGAUGACAGUGAGAUCGAAGAGCUGGUUCCAGCUAAAGCCGAAACUCCUCUGCCCCAGGAUGCGAAUCGACAUCCCGCACCUGGUCCAGGUCCAGGGCCAGGAGGUAAAGCCUCUCCGCACAAGGAACGCAAGAGGAAGGAGCGAAAACGCCCGCGGGACAAGCUUCUGCGUGACCGGCAAAUGCGGAGAACAGUGCUCGAGAUGCGCAAGAAAGGGGCAUUCUUGGGUUACACCUAUCGACGUCCCAAGUCCGUGGCCGUAGCCUUAACUCCUGAUCGGGGUCGUUACCGUCUAGGGCGAGGCCAGCUGUCGGAACUAUAUGGCUCGUAG